UAUUGCUUUUAUUAUUUUUCUAGAUAUUAUUAAAAUACAUUUUCAUAACACAUGAAGGCAAAUUUUUUUGUUACAUGUGUGGCAUCUCGGCAGUAGUUGAAGACGUAGUACUAAACACAAUGAAGUGCCGGCACUUCAAUGAGGCCAACUCUAGUAAUAUAACGUCAAUGGCCAAGACGAAACUAUAAGGCUCGCACUAGUCGCACAUAGCUCGCACUGUUAAAAUGUAAAACCAAGCUUCUAACUCUACAAGCUAACCUGGCGACACUAAACUCGGCAAACCAGUGUCAUUUUGACAGUGACAUUGACAGUUUGGUUUGCUACGUGCAAUGCAAUUACAUUUCAUGCCUAUCUUGUAUUCUUGUAGUGUUUUAGGAUUAAUGCUGGCGAUAUAGGCGACCGUUUUUAUGAAUUUAGUUUUGCAAUGGCUAUAUAAACGUUUGUUCAUUAAAAGACAGUGAUAAGCCAUUCUCGGCACAUUCUCUCUUUGUGUCUCGUGUUAGGCGACUUACAUUUAAUUCUAAAAACAUGACAAAUCUUGAUGUAAGCAACAGUAGCACAGACAGUAGUUCUGGGUCAUCCUCAGACUCAAGCAGCAGCGGCAGCUCUUCCACCAGCUCUGGGUCGGGUUCAAGCAGCUCUGACUCUGAAUCUUCUACCUCCGACACCCCUGCAGUUGCACAACCUGCUCCUAAAUCACCCGCUAAGCCUGAUGAAGAACCACCUAAAAAGAAGGAUGACUCAAAACCUAGGCAAACAAAUAAUAAAAAGGUAUCAUCUUCCAGCGAUGAUGAUGUACCCAAACCAGAGCCACCAAAACCUGCACCACCUCGGAGACGUUCUUCUACCAAACCUAAAUCAGCAGCUAGUGUCUUGGCUAAGGGCAAACCGCCUCGAGCAGCAGCAGGAGCUAAAACAACCAAACCAAUACCUAAGACCAUGACUAAACAGCAAACAAAAAAUGACCAAAAAAAGAAGAGUAUAUUCUCUCCUGACAAUAGCUCAGAAUCUGAAUCAGAGAGCAAAUCACCAAAGAGUCCCAAAGCUUCACCGAAAAAUAAAAGAAGUAUUAGAAAAUCUAGUGAGGACAAGGACACAUCUCCUCCAUCGCCAUUGACACCUGCAGAAAAUGAUGAUUCAAAUUCUAAAGACAAUAUAAAACGUAGAAGUGGAAGUAGACCCAGUGGGCCCCCCUCCAAAAAAGUUGUGGACAAUAAAAGCGCCUCUUCAUGUUCCUCAAGUCAAUCUUCAGCAGAAACUGUGUCUUCCGAAAGUGAUAGUGAACCAACUCCCAAAAAGGAGCCAAUUAAAACUGGAAAGACAAAACCACCGUCAGCUAAUAAAGUUGAGAAAGGUAAAAGCGACUCAGGCGAGUCUCAGGCGAACAACAUGCCUCGAAAGCUAACCCGCUCCCUGUCUGCUCGCGUGUCGCGAAUGGCUACAGCCACGAGGCCCAGAACCACCGAUACCGACUCUGAUGUUGAUGAAAAGGCAAACGAUAAAAGCAAGGAAAUAAAAAAGAAAGGCCGUCCUCCCAUUUCUCGGUCUCCCAUCGCUGAGCUCGCGCCACCGCAGCCGACCGAGCGGCGCUGUCCCGUGCGCGGCUGCGACUCCACCGGACACCUCGGCGGCAAAGCGGCCCGACACUUCACUUGGGACGCGUGCCCGCUGUACCACAACGUGACGGGCGCGUGGUGCGUGGCGGCGGCCGAGGAGCGCGCCGCCGCCGCCACCGCGCGCCGCCGCGCGCUCGCCAACAUGCAGCAGCGUCCGCGCGCCAUGCCCACUAUAGAGCAACGGGCGUACCAGCUCAAGGUCAAGGAUAUGCGCUCCAAAUGGAAGGGCAGCCAGGAGCUCCGCGAGAAGCUGGUAGCUUCGGGCGGAGACGACAUGAACGAAGAACGAGAGCCAAUACUAGAGGGCUUCGCGCCUGACUAUGACUUGCGGCUGUUUCGGGAGGCUCAAGCGCUAGCUGCUAUUAAGAUAGAGGAGGAGCUAGGGGAUAUCCCCACCGACAAGGGCACUAGGUUCGUGGUAAUGGGCAAAUACAUGAUGGAGGUGUGGUACCAGUCGCCGUAUCCAAACGACGCGGCGCGCGUGCCGCGACUGUUCGUGUGCGAGUUCUGCCUCAACCACCACAAGAGCGCCACCGGCGCCGAGCGACACCGCGCCAAGUGCGUGUGGCGGCACCCGCCCGGGGACGAGGUGUACAGAAAAGACAAGCUUAGCGUGUGGCAGGUGGACGGUAGGAAGCACAAGCAAUACUGCCAGCAGCUGUGUCUGCUCGCGAAAUUCUUCCUCGACCACAAGACGUUAUACUACGACGUGGAACCUUUCCUGUUCUACGUCAUGACAUGCGCCGACGAAGAGGGCUGCCACGUCGUCGGGUACUUCAGUAAGGAAAAGAAUUCGUUCCUGAACUACAACGUCUCGUGCAUCCUGACGCUUCCUCCUUACCAAAGGCAAGGCUAUGGAAGACUACUCAUCGACUUCAGUUACCUUCUUACCAAAGUUGAAGGCAAAGUCGGCUCUCCAGAAACUCCGCUCUCAGAUUUGGGUCUCAUCUCGUACCGCUCCUAUUGGAAGGAAGCGCUCUUGAAAAGACUAUGCUCCGCGCCCGGACCUACCCUGUGCAUCAGAGAUUUGAGCAAGGACCUCGCCAUUGCAUCCUCGGAUAUAGUAUCGACGUUGCAGGAGAGAGGUCUCAUGAAGUAUUGGAAGGGAAAGCAUAUUGUACUAAAGAAACAGGACGUCCUGGAGGAGGUGUCUCGGCGGGCGGAGCGCGCGCGCUGCGUGGAGCCGAGCUGCCUGCGCUGGACGCCGCCGGGCGCGCCGCCGCCGCGCUGACGCCGCGCCCCGCGCGCGCGACUCGCGCCCAGAGCCCGCGCGCGCCACAUGCCGCGCAGCCGCAGCAGCCAGGCCCGCAGCCUGCUGUAAGUCUGCCCCUGCGCCUGCUGAUGGAUUAUAUCCACUGUGAGAUCUUUGCUUUUGCCAUGCCAUGUCAUGGACGCAGUUUCGUCUGCCUUAAUAGAUCUUUGAUUGUACCUUUGUUGCAUAUUGAUUGACUGUUACUUAGAUCUCACAAUGAUUCUUGCUGGACGUCGAAUGUCACGCGCUGCGAAGCCGCAAGAGCUAAGUACGCGGCCAUACAUAAAACUCAAUUGCCUCUUAUGGUUCAAAUAUAUUGUAUAUUGUAUUGGUUUAUUUAAAUGCUGCUGUUUAGAUUAUAUUUAAAUUUUAUUCAAUGCAUAAUACGUGAGCUAGAUGGUAUCUGAGUGUGCAGACGUCACGCCACCCAACGUGAAAUUUUAUUGAGUUGUAUCGGUUUGGUUCAUUUCACAGCGAUUGUAAUAAAAUGUCUCUAUAAAUAUUAAAGGACUUAUGAGAAAUAGGUCAAAUGUUAAAAGCGUUCAUUUCAUAUGUAAAGAUUUGUCUUGUAAAUGAAUAGUAGGUAAUAAUACUAAUAAUCAGUUGUAUUGUCGAGUAUAUUUAUAUUAAAUAUGUUGAAGAUAUAAAUUAUUGUAAAAUAUAUGCGAUAUGGGCAGAGGCCGAAAUGUUAUCAUUUAACUUUCCCAGAAACAGAAAACAUAAUAAAAUAAAUGGCGACCAAAUAUAUAGAAGAUGUGGAGGAUGGAAUGGUACAAAGAGGAAAUACGGAUAUCCGUAUUCACCCUCACAUCAAUACAUUUCAUAAUUUUUUAUACUAUAAUACGCGCGAGUGUGAGAUUGAGCUUAAUUAAUUUUUCAUCCAUAUGGUUUGGUUUAUAAAAAUAACGUAAAUAAAGCAGUUUAGCCGUGAAAGGGUAAGUGACAGACUUACUAAAAUUAUUUAUUUACUAUUGUUAAGGCAGACUUACUUUCGCAUCUAUGUUUAACUUUAGUAUAAAUAAAAUGUACCUAUCAACAUCAUUGUAAAUUAUAAAAUUAGUUUGUUUAAAAGUGAGCGCAAUCGUAUGGGCACUUUUCAGAUGUCAAGAGCGGUGAAAGCACACACUUGUAAACAAAAUAGGUUAAAUCACGAAUGUCAACGCGGAUUUUAUAUGAGAAUUUUGACAGCUUAAUAUAAAUCUCGCGCCAGCUCUUAUGAAUCUACUUAUACCUAAUUAUACAUUGUAUACAUUUCAGUACCUGUAAUUAUAGAACUGAAAUGUUCGAACCUUAUGACUAGAUAAGUAAAAUAGGUACUUACUCAAACGUCUUCUAUGUUUAUGUUGUAUAUUAUCGCAAUAAGUGUGGUUGUGUAGCGUACUUAGGUACUACGUAAGGAUCCUCUGGUUAUUAUAUCAUUGAAAUGAUAUAUUAAGUUACAUAUAUCCUAUAUUAUGUAUGUAUUGCUAGAGAUAACCAUUGUGAAACAUAAGAUUUGAGGUUUUUUUUCGCGCUCAGUGGUCGUUCUUAGUAGUCAGACCACAAAAUUAUGAAGCGGCUCACUGGAGGUACAUAUAUUCUAAAUGUAUCAAUCACUUCUGAAUAGAUGCUCGUUACAUACAGACGGACAGCUGAAAAGACAGACGGAGGGACAUAACAAAACAAGGAUUUCUCUUUGCCAUCUUGGCUAAGGGAUUCUAAAAAACCGUUUGUGGAUUACUUUACUAUCACCUACGGUGCACUAAUGCUACCCGAGCGUGCAGUCCAACCAAAGAGAAUUUGAAAUAGAGGUAGAUUGUCAAAGAAAAUUUUGUAGCCACAAUAAAUUUACUGCCAUCUUUAGACACAUGAUUAAAACUUGUAGAUCGCCAUUUGAAUUUGAUCCUUAUUCUUUCACGGAUAUGCGUUAAAUUUGUUAAAUAUCAAUAAGUGGCGCAAUCUUACCUAAAGUUUGGGGCGCCAUUGCUCGAAACGAUGCCGCCAUAAUUUUGGCGUUUGAUCUAUUAGAUGGCGCCAACGCAAUUAGUUGCAACCAAUCGCAUGCGUGAUGCGAACUCAUGAUGUUCGGUCGGAAUCAUAAAAACGGGCCUAUCUUUACUUUUGAAAUCUUUGUUCAUCUACCAAAUUACUAGCGUCGCCAUAACGUCUGCCACUUCGGCGGUCAGAGUCCUGUUAGUUGUAAACGUUAGGAUUAACCUUUCUUUGUUGUACUGUUCAACAAGCUCAAACUUGACGAAGCUGCCUUGAUAUGUCAAUGUGCAAUGUAUGUAUAAUAUACAGGUACAUGACGGAUAACCAAACAUUUUCAUUAAAUAUUAUGUUUAUUGUCCUCGCCUUCUCCUCAUGCGCUCUACUUUUUAACUAUCACGGACGGCGACAUGGCGAAACUAUAAGGGUUCCGUAGUCCACUACCCGGUCUGUCCGUCCGCAGCUUUGCUCCGUGAUCGUUAGUGCUAGAAAGUUGCAAUUUGGUAUGGAUAAAUAAAUCAUGCAUGGCGACAGAACGGUAAAAUAAAAACUAUAUAUACAAUGGUGUGAGGUAUCAUUGGAUAGGUCUCUCAAAAUGAAUAAGGAUCUCCAACAAGCAUUUUUUGAUAAAAUGAAAAUUUUCAGAAAUAAUCGCCCCGAAAAUAAAUGUGUCCCCGCCCUCUAACUUUUGAACCGUAUAUAAGAUAUUCGUAUAUAAAAAUUUUAUAAAUACUUUCAAAGAAAACUAUAGCAAAUAUGAUCUGUCCAGCCGUUUUUGAGUUAUUGUAAAAAGACUUCUCUUAGUAAAAACACGUACAAAGCGCUGCGAAGGUACUCCGUUAUGCUUGUAAUGUACACGAUAUGUAUAGCCCCAGUUUAGCCUAUUCUGAUAGAAUGGUAACUACGGAACCCUACACUGACCAUUUUUUACAUAUAUAAACACUGGAAAGCAAACUCACGAAUCAUAUAAUUAUGUUUUAGUACUAAUAGUAAAUAAGCUGCAUAAGCGAAUAUGCAUACUGAAAUGUGUAGGUUGGUAGAUAGUUCAAUUUAGACUAAGUACAAACUGUACAAAGUUGCGUUUUAUUUAUGGAAGAUAUUAUUUUUUGUAAUGUAUUUCAAAUAUGUAUAUUGGUUGUUAAUCUUAACCUGAUGUAAAUAUUACAAUUACUUAUUUAAUAUGUUUAAUACAGUUUGAAUUUUUAA